UCCGCUCCCUCCCCGCUGUGUCGGCAUCGGAGCUUCGGUACUCCUGAUCGCUACCACUGCUACUGAGUCGCCACGCCAGUGUCCAAUACCUCAUGCCUGCUGGCCUGCUCUGCCUUCUGUGAACCCGCUAACGAGGUAACGCGUCCGGGGCCGAGGGGCGGGGCCCUGCGCCCCCAAGCUCCCUAGGUGCUCGCCCCAGUGGGUGUAGCCCGGCCUCGCUGUGCCCCUCCGCCGCACUUCGGUCUCCUCUCGCUUCCUGCCACCCCAUUUCUGCCUGCUCCAGCGGCCCAUAGCUCCCUUCCCCCACUGCCAGAGCCUCAGAACCCCAAGCUAGUUGAGAUGUCUGAGGCGGCAGGAAAUCUCAAUAGCCUCCGCAUGGCAAAUGUGGCCCUGCGAGAAGAAUUAAAUGCCCUUCGUGGGGAGAAUGCCAGUUUGGGCCUGCAGCUAGGAAGAGCCCUGGCCGAGGUUAAUUCUUUGCGGAGCAAUGUCUCAAGCUACAUACGCUGGCCAGUGCCCAUAGUGCCUGUCCUUACUGAAGAGAACUUUGAGUUCCCGCUCAAUGAAAUUGACCCCACUCCCGAGGAAGAAGUGCCCUUCUUGUGCUGGCCUCCCCCACGCACGGAUCCAGAGUAUGUCUCAGAUGAUCUUUUGAUUAACGUGGUACAGGAUUACACCAACCCUGACGGGUCCACUGACCCUCCUCUGUCAGUCAGUUCAUCCCCCUCUGAGCUGCUGUGCCCUGUGUCCAAGGAGCCGCCCCCGCAGGCCCUUCUGCCACUCCUGGAGCGGCCCGACAUAGAGCCUUUUUCAGGCGACCCAGUCUAUCUGGCGGAAUUUCUGAUGCAGUUGGAGACCUUUAUAGCUGAUCAUGAGGAUCAUUUCUCUGGAGGUGCUGAAAAGGUGGCCUUUCUGAUCUCCUAUUUCACAGGGGAAGCUAGGGACUGGGCUAUCUCAGUUACCCAGGAGGGAAGCUCCCUGCAUGCCAACUUCCCGCUCUUCCUGGAUGAAAUCCGUAAAGAAUUCUGUGGCCCCAUCCCCCCGCGUGUGGCUAAAAAGGCCAUCCGCAAGCUCAAGCAGGGAGACUGUACCCUGGGCAGCUAUGCAGAUGCUUUUCAGUUUCUAGCCCAAUUCUUGCCUUGGGAUGACUGUCGCCUCCAAAACCAAUUCCUCAAAGGCCUGUCGGAAUUCUUCCGAAAGGAGCUUUUGUGGUCCACUGAAAUGGCUGACCUGGAUGAGCUGAUUCUCGAGUGUGUGGAAAUAGAAAGGAAGGUACGUGUACCCAAGCCAAUCCCACUUCCUGGGGUUCGCAAUGUCUUCUUCUCUUUUACUCCCAACCCCAAUGAGGAUGAAAAUGAAGAUGAGGAGCACUACUGUGAGGAUGAGGGUGAAGAGGAAAGUGGUAACAGGCUUUACCUGAAGGACAUGGGGCAACACAUGAGGGUUUUUCACCAGGAGAUGAGGGAAGAGGAAGAGGAGGAAGAAAUGAGGAAGGAGGAGGAAGAAAUAAAGGAUGAGGAUGAGGAUGAAGAUCAGGAUGAGGAGGGGGAUGACGAGGAGGAGGAAGAGGAGGAAGAGGAGGAGAUGAAACAGAAAGAGGAGAUGAGGAGGAUUAUGGAUGAUGAUGAGAAUGAGGAUGAAGAUGUAAUUGAGGUGGGGAGCGUGGAUCCAGAGCAGGAGCAAGAGAGUGUGGAGAUCCAUCACUCAGCCCACCAUCACUACCAUCACCAUUACCACCAUGGCUUACCAGAGGAGCUGAUGGAAAUGGAGGAGCCUGUCCUUGUGGACACUUCAACCCAGACUAGCUCCUCAAUUGGCUACCAUGCUGAGAAUUUCCUGGUCGUGUCACCUCCCAUAAUACAUUCCAGCCGACGGAGGAACCAGAAUCGAGUCCCACUUCUGGAGGGCCUUCCAGGUACCAAUUCGCCAUUUUAUAGCUCUCCACCACUGAUUCGCCGUGCAGGUCGCUUGGGUCAACGCCAAAUUCGAAGGCGCCCUCCAGUGCUAUUUCGCCUCACUCCAAGACAGGGGGGCCACCGAGCUGCUCGUGGCCGAAUUCGCGUGUGAAUGCAGGGGUGAGUUGGCCACCCAGAACACACCCUUCUAUUGCGUCCCCUGCCCCUGCUACUGCUGCCAGAUCUACCCUGACUACUGACCAGUCCUUAUAGGAGUUCCAGGCUUGCAGAACCUGAAGAAGACCUGCAGAAUUUCAGACCGUCUUGCAGCCCUGACCAGAGAGUGACAUAUGUCCAGCUAAAGUCACCUGGGAAAGGAGAAGUCAGCAGUAGCUGUCUUCUUGCCAUGUGUUUGGCUCAUUUCCACUACAAGCUGGAGAGCAAGUUUCUGGGCCUCAAUGAACUGGUCACUCCUUUGUGUCCCCCUCUAGUUGUUCCAAACCCUUGCCUCUCGUGACUUUCUCUGCCCUGUGUUCUACACUUUUAUCCUGAUUGGCUGACUGAGACUUCACCCAAUGCCUCACUGAUCUGCCCCAAUGAUUGAAAGGACAGGUUACACUGAACUCCCAAAGCUGCUGUGGCCACUCCCUAGAUAGAACUGAUAGCGAGCAGGAUGGAAUCAAGAAAUAUAUCUAGAAGCCCACACUUGUGUCAUGCCAUACUUUCAGCCAAAGGGUCUUGGAGAGAAACCUACAGUGAGAGUAUACAAAGCUGUAUGCCAAAUGGACACCUUGACUGAGACUUAUUUGCAUAUGGCUGACUAUGGCAGGCUGGAUCUAUUUCCAGUUUCUGCACUUACCUCCUCUCAAGACUCUUAUCAAGGCUCCUGGGCUAGUUUGGCCAAACAUAGGGCCUUCUAUAAUCAUACUGACCUCCUGGACACCCCUCUGCAGACAAAGCUCAACACCACGGUCUCCACUCUCUUUCUUGAUGCUGCCUAAAGGGGGUAGGCACUUGGGAGUGGGCAAGGAGGAGGAAGAGGCUGCACAAGUAAUUUUGACAUUCCUAAGGGUGACUCUUGCCUUAUGGACAGGGUCCUCCUCCUCCUGCCAGGCCUUGGACUGCAGCCCCCAGCUGAAAGCCUGUGGCAGGAGACUGUCUUCUAGAAGUGGUAGAAGUGGCUCUUGCUGUAGAGGGAAGCCACACUGAGAGAGAGAGAGAGCCCCCCCUACAACCUGCUCUGAGCUUCUUCCAAUUCUAAGGAUUCUUAGAUCUGAGGGGAGAGAGGAAGGUUGGUGCUAGAAACUGCAUCACUGCAGCCUUGUGGCCACAUACAUUCAUGGCUCUCAUUUGAGGGUCAGUCCCCCAGUCUACUGCUGCACUUUGAUUUUCACAGCGUGGCUUAAGGGGUGACUACCUAGUGGCUUAAGGGGGUGACUGUCUUGUAUGCAAUGCUGUAGCUUCUGGGAGCAAAUGUAGAUACCCUUAUAAACAGAUCUCCUGUUCACCAGAAAACACUGCUUCUUCAGUGAAAACUGCACAUUUACUAUGUCACUUCUAGUUGCAAAAUGCCAGCCAAAACUACUGCUGGCCUGGCUUGCCCCUAGACACUGAACUGUCUGCAUAAGUGCAACCCAAGUGUCUGACCAGAAAGAAGAAAGUAUAGUAAAUGGAGUCUCUGUGCCCCACUGGAGUCUGACAGAUAACUUCAGCCCAACUUUAGGAUUUUGGGCCUGGAGGCCAGAGGAAGGAGCUGGAGGAAGAGGAGUCACAGAGAGACCCAGUCCUCAGACUGGUUUUGGGUGAGAUCUCUGAUCAUCUAUAGGAGCUUAUUUCCUCAGGUGAGAAUUCCAGAAGGGGAACUGCUGUUCUUCAAGGCUGUGGACACUGUUUGCUGAUGUCAUCAUGCUGGCCUUGCUGCCCAUGUGCUUGUGGAGAUGUGCAAAGGACAGGUGCCUUGCACUCCCUUCCAAGGACACCUCAGCACAGGCCCUGCCUGUUCCCAUGGUGCUUCUCACCCUGAACCUACAUAGCCUCAGCCAGGGAGAGAGCAGAUGAACAAUGAGCUGGUAUCCAGACCUCCGGGGACAGAGAGGGCUUGGAUUUUUCUUUGACUUUUUUCUCCCUUUCCCAGAUCUUCAAUACUUGUUGUGAUGUGACAGCCACAAGAGCCGUAAGAAGAACUGUGGGCUUUGGGUACUUCCUUGGGUUUGAGAGAGGGUUGAGGGUGGGUGGGUGGGUGGGAA